GGCUCCUCACCUCCUACAUGUUUGGAUUUUAUAUGACUAAAGUCCACACUGUGAUCUGUACAGAAUACACCCAGUCUGUUAUCCCUGUCAAUAAGAAAUGAAACAGCAUUUCAUAUAAAUAUACAAUGAGUUAUCAGCCAGAAAUGUGUUUUCAUUUAUAGAUGUUUUUGGGGGAAAUGACUCUCCCCUCUCUGAAGUAGGGUUACUCUCUGUAAUCGGGCUAAUUGACACAGUCCAGUGAUUUGAAAAUUGAGAUUUUGAUAUGGCUAAUUAUUUAAUGGUAAUAUAUUUUCUGGCUCAAAUAACCGUGCGCUCCUGUCUCCUGCAUGGAGCAAUAAAUAAAUAAAAGCAGCCCUUGCAAUGAGCUCACCUGCAGUAUUUUACACAUUAUAUCCAUCUCCAAACAUGGAGUCCUGUCAUGGCACACAACGCUUAUAUGAGAUUAAACAAACACAUUAAGAUGUUUAACGUGGAAUAAUUUGAGCAUGAAAAGCUAAUAAAUCAGAGGACGGAAUGGCAGAGGAUUGAAUUGAAUUGUAGGGUUUCGUGCGCGUUUUUGGAUUUGUGCGCGCGCGCUGCCUGCGUGCGUGCGUGCGUGCGUAUAUGUGUGUUAAAAAAAAAAAAAAAGAAAGAAAGAAGAGAGGGGGAGUCACGUCUCUGACAUUUCCCAGCUCCUGCUCUGAUUGGCUCUUAUUUGAGGAAGCUCACGGGUUCUUUCAACUAAUAAGCGCCUCCCCGUCGCUCUAAAGGACAUUAUAAUGCAAGGGACCUCCUUUUUUAACCACAAACCGAAUUUUCGUUCAUUUAGACGAUAUAUACUUUUUAAAUUGCCCAAAGUUGUGGGAUUUUUUUGGAGCGCGUUUCACCCUGGAGCGGUACGCCAUGCUCUCUCACGCCGACCUCCUGGAUGCUCGGCUCGGUGAGUUAUCCUCGCUAAACUCCGGCCCUAAACUCCAGUGGAUGAAGGAUGCUGCAGAGUUGCUCGGACACCGAGAGGCUCUGAAGUGCCGGCUGGGUGGAGGGGUGCCGGAUCAGGGGCAUCCAGGAGACAUGGCCCCUGGGUCGGACUCUGUAGAGGGAACCACCCUGCUGCCGGGAGAAGACAUCGCCUCUGUGGGAUCCAACUCUGCCGGCAUGCCGGUGAACGGGAAGGAUCAGGAGAAGCAGCAGCAGCAGCAGCAGCAGCAGCAGCCGCAGCAGAGCUCCAGUCAGUCCGCCAGCCAGAAACAGAAGCGGCACCGGACGCGCUUCACUCCGGCGCAGCUCAACGAGCUGGAGAGGAGCUUCGCCAAAACACACUACCCGGACAUCUUCAUGAGGGAGGAGCUGGCGCUGAGGAUCGGCCUCACCGAGUCCAGAGUUCAGGUCUGGUUUCAGAACCGACGCGCCAAGUGGAAGAAGCGGAAGAAGACCACCAACGUGUUCCGCUCCCCGGGCACGCUGCUCCCGGGCCCGGGCCUGCCUCAGUUCUCUGCGGCGGCCGCCAUGGAGAACAGCCUGUGCUCCUUCCACGCCAACGACUCCCGCUGGGCCACCGGGAUGGGGGUGUCUCAGCUGCAGCUCCCGCCGGCCCUGGGUCGCCAGCCGAGCAUGCAGUCCCUGUCCCAGUGCAGUCUGGGUCCGGGUCCGCCGCCUAACUCCAUGGGGCUCUCCAACGGCCUGUCCUCCAACGGCUCCGGCCUGCAGUCCCACCUCUACCAGUCGCAUUUCCCCGGGAUGUCGGCCUCUCUGUCCGGCCCCGGGAACGUGUCGGGCUCCCCGCAGCUGUGUAACUCCCCGGACAGUGACAUGUGGAGAGGGACAAGCAUUGCGUCACUGCGGCGCAAAGCUCUGGAGCACACAGUGUCCAUGAGUUUCACUUAGUGACUUUACUCCUCUAUCUCCUCCUAAACUCCCUCUCCCAGACAGACCCUCCUUUUCUGUUUUUAUUCCCGCUAUUAGAUCAAAACGAGAGAGCUAAUCAGGCCUGAAAUAUGAGAAAAUGGAGACUGUAUGUGUGACUUCAUCUAAAAGAAAAAGGACAACACUGAUGGACAAAUGGAAGAAAAAAAUAUCUUGGGUUUUGGGGUUAUUUAUCUUGUUAAUUCAAAAAGGAUUUUAUCAACUAUUGAUGAUGAAUACUAUUGUACUGAUCUCUAGACUUAUAGGCCCGAAUUACUUACUGAGAGCCAAACAAUCGUCGUAUUUACGUUUUCAUUGAGUGCGUCUUUACGCACUCAUGUUAUUGUGUUCAGGUGAAGUUGUGUUAUGUCAAACUGGUUAUUUAUAAGAUUGGGUAUAUAUUAUAUAUUUUUUAACAGCCUACCACACACGCGCCAUACUGUAUAGGUGGGCCUAUUGAAGUGGGUCUCGGGCAUGCACGGUGCAUGUGGAUUUAAACGCUUGGAUCAUUUAAGGAGAAAAACGAUGCCCGAUCAGAUCAGAAGAGCAACUUUUGUUAGACGACCUCAGUCUGCAUGAGGCGGGAGCAGAAAUCUGAAAAGGAAAAUAAGAAAAAAAAGAAGAAAAACAAUGAUCUGUCAGUAGGCCUACGCUGUUUUAGGAUGUUUUGUGUAGAUAAAACAUUCUUGCUAUGUACCCGCUGGUCUUUUUUGUGACAUGUUUUAACUUAUUGUAUGUAAUAUUACUUGACACAUUUCUUAAAUGUUUGAUCUUACAUCGCAAUGCACCACAUUGACGGGUUUGUACCAAUUUAAAAUGAUCAAAAACAAAUAAAAGUAAUUUUCAAGAAUGUCAAAA